CAGAGGUUCAUCGUCACAAUUUCUUCUUCUUCUUCUUCUUUCUUCUGAAUUCCAACUUAUAACUUUUAGGACUUCCAUUAAAACCUACAGCUCAAAACAUACACAUGAAGUCUUCAAGAACUCAGUUUCAGUUCAAAACCAACAUCAUGAGACCAUCUGUCAUAUUAUCCAUCUUCCUGAUCCUCUCUCUUGUUUCGUUUGUACAAGUUUGUGAGGCAAGAACGCGGCAAGAAGAAUACUGGAAGAAGGUUAUGCAAGAACAACCGAUGCCUAAAGCAGUUAAAGAUCUCAUCCGGGAAGAUGAUCAUCAUGCGGAUUCCGAUCACCACCGGGAGGCUGGCAGGACGGAGCAGUAUCACCUGCCGUCCAAACACUAUUUCCUGACGAAUUUCGACACUGCGAAUAAUGUAAUAAUUUACCACAAGAACGUUAUUAUUAAUUAGGGAGAUGAGGGAGUCAACAUGGAUGAUGAAGAGGAAAAGAAGAAAUUAAGGUGAGGAAGCACGAGUUUUGCAUUAUUUUUGUAUCCCACUUGCGUGUGUAGAACUGUAGACCAUGUGGAGCAAUUGGCACAGGAUUUGUAAUUAUAAAAAAAAAAAAAAAAUAGAGGCAAGUUUGGAUUAUAUACGUUAUUAUGUGAUUGUUAACUAGCUAGAUUUUAUCAUUUAGUGUAGGUUUAAUAUGUUGUAUACUUAGGAUCUAGUCUCUUAGAUGAUGGAAUCAAGAAACUGCUAGCUUGCCAUGUUUCUUGGGUUUUUGUUCAACAUUCAGAUCACCUUGUUUAUUUUUAUCAGUGAUCAUCGAUUUUUUCUUUCGCUAGAUUCUUCCAUCUGCCUUUUGUCAGCUUGUAGAUUGUAUUUAAUUUAUGCCUAAAAAGUUUUCCCUUCAG